CGCAGGCCGAGCGCACUGAUGGGACCUUUCCGAUUGAGAUGACUAUCUACAAUUUACUUUGUCUGCAAAUUCCCUGAAUCCCUAACAAUUAAAAGUUGCAGCUAACAUUCAGCACGAGGAGUUCGGCCCCUGCCAUGGCCCUCACAGGGAUGCUCCUUCUGUGUCUGCUCCAGACUGCAGCCUCACAGCUGGUACCUCGAGGUCCCAGACCCAUCCCAGGCCGAGGGGACCAGCCUCUUGUCACCCCAGCUCCACAACUACAGCCAACUCUGCCCCCAAGUCCUGAAGGUUGUGAGAGAGAGAUCGACUGUCCCAUCCAGGUCUACUUCACCAUCGACACUUCAGAAACUAUUGCGUUACAACAGCCUCCCCCUGGACAACUGUUCGAAAGCGUCCGCGAAUUCACCAAGACAUUCGCGCAGAAGCUGAAUGACGAGAACUACAAGGGUCAGAUCAAGAUUACUUGGUCUAUUGGCGGUUUGCACUACUCCCAAACUCAGGAAUUCUUCAGCUCAUUGACCAACAAAGCCACCUUUAUCAGUCGCCUCAGUGGCAUCAAAUAUCUGGGCAAGGGCACCUACACGGACUGCGCCCUCAAGAACAUGACGUACCAGAUGACCCACCAGUACCAGGACUCGAAGGCGGUGCGCUUCUCUGUAGUGAUCAGCGACGGGCACGUGACUGGGAGUCCCUGUGGUGGCAUCAAGAUCAUGGCAGACAGAGCAAGAGAGGAGGGAAUCCAGAUCUUUUCCGUGGCGGCUUCCAGGGUCAUCGAUGAACUGGGCAUGAGGGAGAUCGCCAGCUCGCCCACCGAUGUCUACAGGGACGACUUCCUGGCAGUGGAUAUAGUGAACGGACGACCCACGAUCAUGACGAAGACCAUUGAUCGGAUUAUCAAAACUAUGAAAUAUCAAGCAUAUUUACAGUGCUAUAAAACUCCAUGUUACGAGACACCCGGACCCCCAGGUCUAAAGGGUCACAAAGGCCUAAAGGGAAUUAAAGGAGGUCGGGGUUUUGCUGGACCAAAAGGUGAAAAGGGUAGAGAGGGAGAUCCUGGUAUAGAGGGACCCAUAGGGCGCCCUGGACCAAAGGGAGGAAUGGGUCCUAAAGGAGACAAAGGGGACAUGGGAGCAUUGGGAGCAAAGGGAACAGGAGGAGAUCAUGGCAGGAACGGGACUGAUGGACAAAAGGGUAAACGUGGCCACAUUGGAGCUCCAGGCUGUAAAGGGGAUCCAGGAGACAGGGGGCCAGAUGGUUUUUCAGGAGAUGUGGGUGACUCAGGACAACCGGGCGACAAAGGUGAUAAGGGUGACAUUGGAUUGCCAGGAAAGGCCGGUCCUCCAGGCUCAGUCGGUGAACCAGGAGCCAAGGGGGAAAGCGGAGAUGCUGGCUACCCAGGAGAGCAGGGCCAGAAAGGCUCAAAGGGGCUUAAGGGGCUACCCGGUCAACGAGGACAACCGGGAAGAGCAGGAGAUCCUGGUCCAAAGGGUGCUCCAGGACAGGAUGGACCAGGUGGAGAAAAGGGGGAACGAGGACCAACUGGAAGCUCUGGUCGACCUGGGGAAGAGGGGACGAAGGGAGCAAAGGGAGGAAUGGGGCUUCCUGGUCCAAGAGGUUCACCAGGAGAAGAGGGGAGUCCAGGAUCACCUGGCUCUGUGGGAGAUUAUGGAGAACAGGGGCCUAGUGGACAACCAGGACCUCCAGGACCAAUAGGCGAAAACGGAAGGCAAGGAUUCAGCUACACUGGAUCAAGGGGACCAACAGGAGAGAAAGGUGAUAAAGGAAAAAGAGGCCCCAGAGGAGGAAGAGGCCACUGUGGAGACAAAGGAGAGGCUGGAACAAAAGGAGUGCCCGGAGAGCCUGGGGAACCAGGGCCACCAGGUCAUCCAGGAGAGAGAGGACCUAGAGGAGAGCCAGGUCCUGAUGGUGAUCCUGGACCAAUGGGGGACCCUGGACUGACUGAGUGUGACGUUAUGACAUAUAUCAGAGAGACUUGUGGUUGUUGUGAUUGUGAAAAGCAUUGCGGAGCCCUGGACAUCGUGUUUGUGAUUGACAGUUCAGAAAGUGUAGGGCUGUCCAACUUCACUCUAGAGAAGAACUUUGUAAUCAACACCAUAAACAGACUGGGAUCUAUGGCCAGUGACCCCACUUCACCCACAGGUACAAGAGUUGGAGUUGUACAGUACAGUCAUAAUGGUACCUUUGAAGCCGUCCGCCUCGACGAUCCAAACAUAGACUCCAUAUCAGCUUUCAAAAUGGCUGUGAAGAGACUGGAGUGGAUUGCUGGAGGGACAUUCACCCCCUCAGCUUUGAAAUUUGCCUAUGAUACCCUGAUUCGCAACAGCAAGAGGGCACGCUCCAAAGUGUCCAUGGUGGUGAUCACAGACGGAAGAUUUGAUCCACGUGACGAUGAAGAUCUGCUCACAUAUAUUUGCAGCGAUGCUCAGGUGGAAGUAAAUGCGAUUGGGGUGGGGGACAUGUUUGGCAAGAUGCAGCAGAAUGAGACGCUCUUGUCUAUAGCGUGUAAUAACAACAAGAGAGUCACUGAGAUGAGGCGUUAUGCAGAUCUCAUGGCAGAGGACUUCAUUGACAAAGUAGAGACUUGGAUUUGUCCAGAGCCUUUUACUGUGUGCCCAGACCUUCCCUGUAAACAAGAGCCUGAUGUGGCCCCAUGUGUGAACCGCCCUGUAGAUCUGGUGUUUCUGGUGGAUGGGUCUGAAAGGCUGGGGGAUGAAAACUUCCUUCGUUUGGGUGAACUGGUGCGGAGAGUCGCAGACAGUGUGGGUCUGGCACGGAGUAAAACAGACCGUACGAGGGCGCGUGUGGCUCUGGUGCAGUUUGGCAGAGAGAGCGAGCACACCAUCGCUUUUCCUCUCACUCAUGACCCUGCCGUGAUCUCUGAGGGCCUGGAACGUCUACGAUAUCUGGACUCUUCCUCUGAUAUAGGCUCAGCCAUCUCCUAUACCAUAGACAAUAUACUCCAACAGGGAGAGGUAAGGCGCUAUGCAGAAAUCUCUUUUGUUUUCAUCACGGAUGGAGUUACAGCCAGUGAAAGUUUGGAGGAGGCCGUCAGUGCCAUGCGCAGGGCACAUGUGGUCUCCACGGUAAUUGCAACAGGAAGUGAUGUCGACCAGGCGGUCUUGCGUAAGCUGGUCAUGGGAGACCAAGAUGCCAUCUUUCAAGGAAAAGAUUUUUCAAGUCUCCUGCAGUCCUCAUUGUUUAACAAAUUCAUUACAUGGGUUUGUUAG